AUAUCCUAACCUAGUCAGACAGAUUCUCAUUUCUAAUAGCUCGUGGACGCCAGCCCCAAUCCGGUCGUAUCAGCGUGAAGGAGAAAACCAACAAGAAGAGAUGAGCAAGUUGAGUUAUUUCCGUAACACCCAAAAAUAUGACUUUAUUUUCGAUACCAUUGGAUCACGUGUGCGCUACUGGGCCAAAAUCCAACCGAAUAAAGCCGCUUUGGUGGUGCACAUGAGUGAUGUUCAGAGGUCCUUCAUAACGUUUGGGGAGCUUUAUGAGAAGGCAGAGAGUUUGGCCAAAUACUACGUUAGCGUUGGGAUAAGGCCCGGGGACCGAGUGGCUGUGUUUGUGUAUAACAGCACGGAGUGGCUCAUCACAUCAAUCGCCGGUUCACUGGCUGGAGCCGUCAGCAUCAAUUCGUUCACUUUCGCUUCCCAGAAGGAUCUAGAUUUAGUGAGAACCAUCGGCUGUAAGCUUCUGGUGGCGGACAUGCGCGAUGAAAAACUAAAACAUUUCAUGACCAGAAACAUUGAGGAUCUGAGGUCAAAAGGGUUUGCUUUGAAAGUCAUUACCGUGGAGGAUCAUAACCACGUUUCGGCUGAAAACAACUUUCAUAAGAUUCUUACCGAUAUGAAAGAGAAGGACGUAAGUUUACCAGAUGGCAUAGAUCCUGAGGAUCUGACGGUUGUAUUCCAGACUUCAGGAAGCACGGGUGUCCCAAAGUUCGUGCCAUAUUCCCACAUGGCUAUUAUAAACGAUCUUCUUUUUCUUUGUACAGCGAUGGGUAUCGAAAACAGGGAUAUCUUCUUUAGUGACAGACCGAUGGGUUAUAUGGCUGGGUACCCAAUGGUCAUCAUGGUUUUGGGCUGUACGUUUGUCACAUUAAACUCCCAAAGCACUGUCCGUGACGGCUUGUCAGGCCAGGUGUGUAAGAUCUUAAAGCAGGAGGCCGUCACGUGUGGUUACUUUCCUCCGUAUCUCGUCCAUGAUUUAGACAAACUCAAGCAUACCGCAUCAUGUGAAAUUCCUUUCUUCAAAGCAGUUGUUACAUCUGGCCAGCGAUUGUCGAAAAAAAUCCUAAGGCGUUUUCAAGAGUAUUCUGAAAGACCUUGUUUGGGUUACGGCACUACUGAGGUAGCCUGGGUGACCUUGUCCAGUGUGGACGAGUUGCCAGAUAUUGAUGACGACAUCAUUGGUAGUCCUCUUCCUGCCACAGAGAUGAAGAUCGUUGAUGAACACAAUCGCGUUGUCCCUGUCAACACUUAUGGGGAAAUCUGUGUCCGGAAUAUCAGCACAGCGAAGAAUUAUUUAACCACGGAUGGAGAGUUUGUAAAACUGACGGAUGAGAACGGAUGGUUUCACACAGGCGACAUAGGCUACAUGCUGGACGACGGAAAGAAUUUCUGUAUUAAGGGUCGAGCAGUUGAGAUCAUAAAAAGAUCGACGAUCAAGAUAUUUCCAGCAUCUAUUGAAACUGUCCUCUCUAAACACCCGGCCGUUGCUGAGGCUGUUGUUGUUGGGGUCCCAGACGACCGGAUGUAUCAAGACGUUUGCGCCUGCGUAACAGUUAAGGUGGGACAGGAGCUUACAGUGGCUGAGUUGGAAAGUUAUGGGAUGGAGCAGUUUAAGCCUGACUCAUGUCCUGACGGAAAAGGAUUGAUGCCGGGGUAUUUCGUCAUAUUUGAAACAUUUCCACGACUUUCAUCUCAAAAGGUCAACCGUCGAAAAACCACUGAAAUGGCCAUAGAGCUUACAAGUACCAAAUCUCAUUAAGAUCUGGAAGUUAAUACACUACAACAGUUUUUUAAUGACAGGAUUCUCUGGUGAAAUUAUUUGUAUUAGUUAUUGAUUUUUGAACUAAUUUCAUGGACAUAUAGACAAUGAGAUAUUGCUGAUGGCUUCAACCAUGUACGCUCUAAAUAAAUUAGAAACUUCGUAUAUUAAAGGAUAAAAUAGAUUUGGAAACUAUGUUUCAGAAGUGCGGAAACUCCCACCG